AUGUCUUUUCUAUCUUCAUUGUUCUGUUGUUUUGAUACUCAGGAUCCGGAAACCCACGAAGGAAAUAUUACUACACGUCAUAAAGCCCACCUAACCAGUACUCAGUCUAACUUACAGAAAGCACUCAAUAACAAACUUUCCAAACAACCGAACAACAACAAGUUGUCAUACGAAUACUCUGACGUUGACGUUGACGUUGACGAGGACGAAGACGGCAAGAUUAAUAAUCACAAACAGGUAUAUAAGUCUUCCAACAAGAGCAAGAACAAGUUGCAGAAGCCUUUACGGAAUUACGGCACUACUAAACAACUCGCAAAGCAUUCGGAUAUGGAUAUUAACGUUGUUCAAUCAAAGAACAUGAAUCAUACCGACUCUACUUCCAGUAGAGAUGAAGUUUGUGAACUAAAAAGUCAGAACGUGCAUGAGGUUACAGAUGCGAAAGAUUCCACGGAUAGUUCUAAGGAUGAUGACGUCCUUGCUGAGCAACUGAAACAUCAUCAGAUAGACACAGAAGGACACCAGCAGCAGGCAGAGCCACUGCCGAAGCCCCCUCAGCAAUCAGUACGACUCGAGCCGCAAAAACAGCCAUCACCACAAAAAGAGCCUGAUGGUGAUACUUUCAUGACAGAUGCAGAUAGGUCUCCAUUUUCACCAGCGUCAGAAACCAAGGUAGAACAAGGAGGAGUUGAUAAUUCUGAUGGAAUGUUUGAGGACGAAGAUGAAGAUGACGAAGCUCUCUAUAGAGAGGAGGAAACAUCAGAAGAGCCACAAUUUGAUUUGGACCUUACGAAGAUUCUUAGCGACCAAGUUGUUGCAAAAUCGGGAUGGUUGCUAGACAACCAACCUUUUAAACUUAAGGGAAGAAAGACUUUAGUUCUUGAUUUAGAUGAAACUUUAGUUCAUUCGUCCUUCAAAUAUGUGAGGCAUUGCGAUUUCGUUAUACCUGUGGAGAUAGAGAACCAAGUCCAUAACGUUUACGUUAUCAAACGGCCGGGAGUGGACGAGUUUUUAAAGCGAUGCGGUCAGAUAUUUGAGGUUGUCGUUUUUACAGCGUCUGUGGCACGCUACGGAGACCCUUUAUUGGAUAUUUUGGAUACACAUCACUCGGUUCAUCAGAGAUUGUUCCGUGAAAGCUGCUACAACUACCAGGGAAAUUAUAUUAAGAACCUCUCUCAACUGGGAAGACCAUUAGAGGAUGUGAUAAUCAUUGACAAUUCGCCUGCAUCUUAUAUAUUCCACCCUCAGCAUUCGGUACCAAUUUCUAGUUGGUUUAGCGACACUCAUGACUGUGAGUUGACAGAUCUGCUACCGUUACUCACGGAUCUGGCCGGUAAAGAGGUGGAUGAUGUCAGACUUGUUCUCGACGUGAAUAUCUGA